UGCUCUUCAAAGGAAGAUCAUCUAGGAACUGAAUCUGACAGCAAGCCAGGCAUGAGGCAGGAUCCAAGGGGUACAGUCUCAUAGAAAACUGAACAAGAAGUCCAGUGACUGCAGCCAGGUUAAGUGUGUAGUCCAGGCAAUCCAGACAAGACAGUAAGGUGGUAAGGUGGUACAUCCAAGCCAUAUCAAGCCAUAAAGUCAGCAGAUAUGGGUCAGUGCCAACAAAGUUCAUGGCAAGACCCAAGCUUGGCUGCCAUAUAGCUCUAGCACAGACCAAUUGAGCAACUCUUAGGCAAAGAAUGGUCAGCCCCUGGCCAGAUUUUUCUCUGCUCUUCACCAAGCAACUCUUUCCACAGCAGUCUGACCCAAGGUUAUGCUGCUGCAAAGUUAUACAGACCUUGAACGGGUAUAUAAAGCUGAGUGAGAAGGGGAAGAGGUUGAAGAGCAUGUUGAUGUACUAAGAACAGCUUAGAUGUCACUGAACUUGGGCUUCUGGAUAAACAGAUAGGUGCCAUCAGAGAAAAAGAGUAUGUUUGUCAGUGUCAUAAAGAGGAUUGUGUGUUUAGAUUGAUGUAAACAGAUGGUAUUCUGCAACUUGUUCCAGUUGCCAAGAAUUAUUCAAGAAGCCCCAAUUUGAUUAACAGUGGCUUUUAUUUCCUUAAAUUCAUCAUUCUAGAGUGAGUGAGAGAAUGGGCAGAAUUACCAGUAAUAGUCAUUCACAACCCAAAACAAAAAAAAACUUAGUAGAGGAAGCAGGAAGUCUUAUAAUUUACAUCGUAAGGACGAUGGUCUUUCAAGACCUUCUGACCAUAUAACUCUCAAGUUUUGACUGAAUAAGGAAACCCUGAGGAGCGCUUGCCUCAAAGACAGAGCUGGUGUCAUUUUUUCACUUACAGAACUACUGCUAGUGAUAAAUAUCACUUCUGUUGAUUUUAUAGUGAGGGUACAGUUUCUCCCAAGGAGAUGGAUGAGCCACAAAGUUAAGGAUUUUCUAAGCCUUUUUCUUCUCCAAAGUAAUUCAUAAAAUGACCAAUGUUCUGCGCUUUCACAUUACUUUGUCAAGUGAGAAGCAACCAUUUUGCCUACUGCUCUGCCUGUAUCACCAAUGUUGGUCCUAUCGAAAACCAAGACAAUUCCGAUGAUGACAUCAGAAGCACAGUCAUCUUUCAUAUAAGGAUGGCAACAAAAGGACUUCUUUGUACUCCAGUGUUGUGGCUGCUUCUCCUCUCCAUUCAGGUGUCGCUGGGUGCCGAUGAAUUGAGGCUGUCAAACGGAACUGGUCCCUGCUCUGGGAGAGUGGAAGUAAAACAUGAGGAGCAGUGGGGGACUGUGUGUGAUGGUGACUGGACUAUAGAAGAUGCUGAGGUUGUUUGUAAACAGCUACAAUGCGGAUCUGCUGUUAAAGCCCUUAAUCGAGCUCCUUUUGGGGAAGGAUCUGGACCAACGUGGUUGUAUCGACUUGAUUGCCGUGGUGAUGAAUCCGCUCUCUGGAACUGCUCACAUUCAGGAUGGGGUGCUUUUAACUGCCCUCAUUAUUUUGAUACCGGAGUGAUCUGCUCAGGCUUCUCUGAGCUGCAACUGACUGGAGGGGACACUGCCUGUUCAGGACAUCUGAAAGUAAAACAAAAAGAAACUUGGGCUAUGGUCUGUUUUUCACACAUCGAUUUCAAAACUGCCUCUGUUGUAUGUAAUGAGUUAGAAUGUGGCCAGGCUGUGGAUAUCUUUAGAGGAACUCACUUUGAAGACAGACAUGAACUGAUAUGGCAAGAAGAGUUUCACUGUGAAGGGAACGAGACUCAUCUUGCACACUGUUCCAGGACGCUGCACCACAGACAGUCAUGCUCUCAUUAUGCUACUGUUGUAUGUUCAGGCUAUGGUGGAUACAGGCUGGCAAAUGGCAGUACCACAUGUUCAGGGAGAGUAGAGCUUCUUCAUGGAGGCACGUGGGGAACCCUGUGUGACUACCUGUGGGAUCUCCCUGCUGCUAAUGACCUUUGCCAGCAGAUGGACUGUGGAGUUGCCCUACUAAUACCAGAUGGACAGUAUUUUGGGAAAGGAAAUGAAUCUGUCUGGAAUGGCACAUUCAGCUGCAAGAAAAAUAUCUCAGGCCUGAGAGGUUGUCCUGUGAGUGUGCUAGGUCAUGAUGAGUGCCCUACUGGGAAAGAUGCUCGCGUGGUAUGUUCAGGGUGUCCUGGGGGCAGGUUGGUGAAUGGCAGCACAUGCUCUGGCAGGGUGGAGAUCCGCCAUGGAGACACGUGGGGAAGACUCUGCCGCUCCCACUGGAAUUUGCAAGCUGCCAACGUUUUCUGUCAUCAACUAAACUGUGGCUAUGCAAAGUCAAUCCAGACAGGAGAUCGUUUUGUGGAUGGGAAUGGGCUUGUAUGGAGAGAUGCUUUUCAUUGUGCAGGGACAGAGUCCUGCCUGUGGGAUUGUGCUCAAGUGACUUUGGGCAAUCCAACCUGUUCAGCCAGAGAAGCAGCCACAGUUAUUUGCUCAGGUCUUGCUGAAUCACUCAGACUCUCUGGUGGUGAGAGCCGCUGUGAUGGACGACUUGAGGUCUCACUCCAUGGCUUGUGGAGUAGAGUUCUGGAUGAUGACUGGGACAUUAAGGAUGCUCAUGUGGUAUGCAGACAGCUCCAGUGUGGAAUUGCUGAGAAAGCCUACUACCUUCCAAGGUCUCAGCGAGGCAUAGGUCUUGUUGGCUUAAGAAGUGUCCAGUGUGCUGGAAAUGAGACUCAGCUGAUGCUCUGUAAGACCUCUCAAUCUCAGACAGUGCCAACUGGAGUUGCUGAAGACGUUGGUGUUAUUUGCUCAGGUAGCAAACAGAUAAGGCUGGUGAAUGGAACAAAACGCUGUGCUGGGAGAGUAGAGAUUUAUCAUGAUGGCAUCUGGGGCACCAUCUGUGAUGAUAACUGGGAUCUAUCAGAUGCUAAUGUUGUUUGCAAACAGCUAGGAUGUGGACAUGCCAUCAAAGCAUUUGCCUCUGCUCAUUAUGGUGAAGGCUCAGGACAGAUCUGGCUGGAUGAUGUGAACUGCACUGGAGCUGAAUCUGAUCUCUGGACAUGUGUCUCUAGGCCAUGGGGCCACCACAAUUGCAGACACAAAGAGGAUGCUGGAGUCCUGUGCUCAGAGUUCCUGGCUUUGAGGCUGGUGAAUGGCAAUGACUGUGCUGGUCGGCUAGAAGUUUUCUACAAUGGGACAUGGGGGAGUGUUUGCUCCAAUCGUAUGUCUCAACUCACUGCAAUAACUGUAUGCAAACACCUGAACUGCGGAAAUGGUGGGGAAAUUGAAAAAGACUUCAAAUACGGCAGAGGUUUUGGGCCCACAUGGCUGGACCACAUUGAGUGUACUGAGCAACAUAGCUCUCUCUGGCAAUGUCAAUCAGACCCCUGGGAUCCUCAGUCAUGUGAUAACCGAGCAGAAGAGACCCACAUUUCUUGCACUGGAAGAAAAGAGACAAUCCCUCCAGCCACAUUUGCUGAGUGCCCUAACUCUACAAGUUGUUCAGACAGGGAGAAGUUACGAGUCAUAGGAGGCGAGGAUGGAUGCUCAGGCAGAGUGGAGAUUUGGCACCAAGGUUUUUGGGGAACAAUCUGUGAUGAUUCCUGGGACACAGCAGAUGCAAAUGUUGUAUGUAGGCAGCUGGGCUGUGGAUCUGCUGUGUCUGCUCUGAGUGAAGCUGCCUUUGGGGAAGGGACUGGACCCAUCUGGUUGGAGAAGGUGCAUUGUGAAGGAACAGAGUCGUCUCUCUGGGACUGUCCUACCAAGCCCUCACUUGGCAAAAACUGUGAUCAUAAGGAAGAUGCUGCCGUGAAUUGCUCUGGUAUAACAGAAACAACAGUAUCACCCACUAAAGCAGACCCUCCCCGUCGCCCUGCAACAGAAAGUACAAGAAUUUCAGUGCCUGUCAUCCUCUGCAUUAUCCUGGGUGCCCUUUUGUGCCUGGUCCUUGCCAUUCUUGCUGGGCAGAUACGAAGUGCACGGCAGAGAGGUUCCCCAACAUCCUAUGACACGUUCUCUGAGGUUGUCUAUGAAGAGAUUGACUAUAACCUGAUGAGAGACAAGCAGGGCGUGACUGGCCUCUCAGAUUUUUACUCAGAGAGUUCCAAAACAAAGGCACAGUUUUAUAGUGGGGACAGUGAUGAAGAUAAUGGUCCUGGAACAACUCAAGAAGUCUCUUCACUUCCUGGAAAUGCCCUGGAAGAUGGUUAUGAUGAUGUGACAGAAGCUCCUGGACCUAAAGAUGCUUCUCUUUCUGGGCAGAAUAAUCAGGAAAACAUUGGGAUUCUUGAAGAAAGUGACAGAAACAAGGAUUCACAGACAGGUCAGCUUUAUGAAGAUUAUCAGGACUGGAGACUGAACUGCAAGAAAAUCAUCAAAGUUCUGUUUCAUCUUCCAGAUAUUCAAUUCAGAGAUUAUUGAGCUGGACCAGCUGUCAAGUAAACGACCUAUAUACUGAGCAGGAGGGCUCAGAAUCAGAGCAUGAACACGAGAGAGGCUAAGGGCCCAAGCUGAUAUUCAAGGGAUCUGUAAAUCCAUGUGUAUGUUCCUGAAUCUGGAGGGUGAAGGACUGUAUUUUCACUAGUGAACUUAAACCCUAUCAGCUGAAGGCCAACAGAACUGGACUAUCUAUACUUACUUUUUUUGGUAGCAUUGUAAAUGAGUGUUGUUACAGGCAGCACUCUGCCUGUUGCAGUCUGUGUAGCUGCCUAUGUUAGUGUUCUGCAUGUGUGUGCAUGUACACAUCUCUCUGGGACACACACUCAGCCUCACUACUGUCUGAGCAAAAGCAACAGUCACACGUAUGCUCCGGUGGCCUGGAAGGAAGAACUCCAGACCCCAGAGGAUGCCAGAGGUGGUGUCUUAUAAUAUCCAUGCUCUACAGUUUUGUUAACCCCCUUGAAAAAAGUGAGGUGGUAUUCUCCUUUAUAGAAUCACUACUGAUUCUUCCAAAUAGAUUUUUUUAUUCAGUUGUUCAUUAAUUCUGUUCAUUAAUUCUUCUGCAGGGGGGUUGGACUAGAUGAUCUCUAAAGGUCCCUUCCAACCCUACCAUUCUAUGAUUAAUUAUUUUUUGGCACCAUAUCUACUAACAUGCCUCACACUGAAUUUUCCCAGCUCUCUCCCAAGUCCUUUCUUAAUUUGCUCACAGCCUAAUACUCAUCUGUUAAGAAAUAUUCUGGUAAGAGGUCACAAACCAUUGCUGGGACUUUUCAUCCCUGAGUUAUUUUAAUUUCAGAAAGCUGCUUUGAUGAAAAUCAAGAUUACGGCAAGGUAAAUCAUGGGGUGCAUAUUCCAGACCACAUUUAGGACUAAAGGGGGUUGCUGUCUAGUGGACUGUGACACAUGACAGGAUGCAGGGGAUGCACAUUUUGGGAUUGCACGGGACUUCCUGAGGGAUGGUCAGAAGAGGAACUGAAGGUGGAAAAGGGGAAAGGUUUAGGUGACUGUUACAGAACAAGUGGGGGAAAAUAGAGGGUAAGGGCCAGUCACUUGUAAAUAGUUGGCUGAUCAAUAUACUUGCCUGGCCAUGCCCUAUACCUAUCUGAUCUUCUUAUUAAAGUAAUUUCUAACUCUUUGGUGGUUGAGGGCUCUCUCUGCUGUGUGCACGUGUGUACACCCUUCUGAGCACGGCAACUGGUGUCAGAUCACAGGUCAUAGGGGUCUGUAUGGCAACUGGAAUGAGUGCAGACAUGCAUGUGUAUGCCAUUGUUAUUGAUAAUACAGCCAGACCAGCUUGUAAGUAGGUGAGGCAACCUGAGAACUGAGGCAUUGAGUGGGUCUCUAAGGGCCAGCUCUAGGUGUGAGGGUGUCUGCACGUCUCUUAAGGGCAAAAACACCAAAGGGUUAACGUGAGAAGUCUUGGCCAGGAGUGGGGGUGUUUCUGUGUGUACAACACAGUCUGUACCAGCAGCUGGAGUGGAGCUGUAGCCUCAAGGGCUAUACCUGCCAGCAGCUGGGGAGACCUGGCAUCCAGGGCCAGCUCUUGAUCAGAUUGACUGAACCUAGCUACUGGAGGAAGCCACCUUGUACAUCUAUAUAUAUAUAUAUUCCCCCUAGCGGGCUUCCAUGUUAGUCAAAGAUAGUAGCACAGAAUUAGCACAGGCUGUGUGCUUUUGGAAGAGCUGACUUUCACUGUUGCUCACAUAGGUAAGCCAUGCUUAACACAGCAAAAUGAACUUUACUGAGUAUAUUGAACAGAAGAUGUAAGCAGCAAGAUAUUUUUGCACCAUAUGCUAUAUAUGCUUCAGCGGGAUGUUGGAAGAUACCUGACAAGACUUUUAAAUAUCAUGAAAGAGAUUCCCUUAUAGAAACAAUGGUUCACAACUGCAUUUUUUUUGCUAGCUAGCAAAGCCUUCCAUUUAUUACCUCAAUUGAUUCGCUUUCUAGUGGAUUUUUUUAAUGGUUUUGUUUAUUUUAAGUCUUACGUACCGUCUGCUGGCCCCGGCAUACAAGCCGUGC